AUGGUAGAAAACAAGAAGGGUCUAGACUCGCAUGUGGAUGAGAAAGCCCUCGCAGUGCGAGCUGUGGAUAGUGGUUCUACCACUGCUGAGGCCCAGUUGGCCGAAAAAAAGUUGAUGUGGAAAAUUGAUUGUCUGAUCCUGCCUAUUUUAUUUAUUUUUUACUUCUUGGCAUAUCUGGAUCGCAUCAACAUCGGCAAUGCCCGCAUUGAGGGCAUGAACGAAGAGCUCCAUUUGGAUGUUGACAAUCGAUACAAUGUGGCGCUCUUUCUGUUCUAUGUGCUGUACAUCCCUCUGGAGAUCCCAAGCAAUGUCUGGCUGAAACAUGCCCGUCCCUCCCUUUAUCUACCAGGUCUUAUGUUCUGCUGGGGAGUUAUCACCAUGUGCACCGGUUUCGUUCACACCUACCAAGCCUUCUAUGGACUUCGUGUCCUGUUGGGUCUAUUCGAAGCUGGCCUCGUUCCUGGCGUCAUCUAUGUAUCCUCGAUGUACUACCGACGGUUUGAAUACCAAAAGCGUCUGAGUGUUAUGUUUGUAGCCACCUCCAUGGGAGGAGCUAUUGGCGGACUGCUAGCCUACGGUAUCGCCAACCUCAGCGGAGAUUAUGGCUUCCUAGGAUGGAGAUGGAUCUUCAUUAUUGAGGGUGCGAUAACAGCGUUUAUUGCUACGUUGGCCCCCUUUAUCAUGGUCGAUUGGCCGGAGCAAUGCCGCUUUUUCAACGCAGCCGAGCGAGAUCUCAUCCGGGCGAGGCUCGUUGAUGAUGGAGGAGAGUGUCGCAUGGAUACGCUCAACCGCGAUUCACUGCGUCGUAUUCUCCUGGAUGGUAAUAUUUACCUCGGAUCACUGACUUACAUGGGCCUAACGACAAGUGGGUUGGCUAUGUCUUUCUUUUUGCCCACCGUCCUAAAAGAAUACGGAUGGACGUCCACAGAGGCACAGGUGCACACUAUCCCCAUCUAUGCAUUCACCCUUGGCUUAACCCUGGUCAUGUCAUGGGCGUCAGACUGGCUGCAGCAUCGGUACGGAUUUCUCAUGCUCUGCUCUCUGAUGGCCACCGUGGGUUACGGCAUGCUGUUGAACGUGCAAAGCCUGGGCCGCGGUGCUCGAUACGCCGCCUGUUUUCUUAUUGCCGGAGGAGGCAUCUGCUCCGGCCCCCUGGCUAUCGGGUUUCUCUCCAACAAUCUGGCCGGCCACUGGAAGCGCGCGGUGGGAUCUGCCUUGCAGGUCAGCGCCGCGGGCUUUGCCGGCAUCAUCGGAUCUGUGAUGUUCUUAGAAGAUGAGGCGCCUAUAUACCAUACCGGGUUUAGUACGGGAAUGGGCAUGGUGUGGGUGUCGGGCGUGGCGGCCACGCUUAUGGCGAUUAACGUCUGGAGGGAGAAUCGCAUACGUGAUCGGGGAGGGAGAGAUAGUAGGCUGAGCCUGCCGGAGGAAGUCCUGAACAAUUUAGGCGAUGAUCAUCCUCAUUUCCGAUUCACUUUAUAG